UUUAAUAGGGUGUGAUGGUGGUGGGAGGAAGAGGAAGAGGAAUUCAAAAUGAGGGUAGCAGAGGAAAAGGAGUGAUUGGAGGUAGAGGAAGAGGAAUUCAGAAUGAGGGUGGCAGAGGAAGAGGAGUGAUUGGAGGUAGAGGAAAAGGAGUGACUGGAGGUAAAGGAAGGGGGGUCCCCACUGCUAGUAGAGGUACUGGAGGAGUGAACAAUGGUAGUAGAGGUAGUGGUAGAGGUAGAGGUAGAGCAAACAUUGGUGCAAAUAAUGGGUUGGUUGUAAAAGGAAGAGGCCCAAAUCAGGGUAUUCUCAUUGGUAGGGAAAGAGCUACAAACACUCAAAUGGUUCUUGGAAGAGGAAGAGGUGCAAACAAUGGGAAUGGUAGUAGAGGUGGAGGUAAAGGAAAAGGUGGAACCAUUGCUACACUUCCUGGUGUUGUCAUUAGAGAAAGAAAUCCAAACAUUGAAGUGGAUCUUAGAACAAAUAAAGGUGCAAAGAGUGGGAAGGGUAAGGAGCCAAUAGUUGGGAAAGUCAAAAUACCAAUGACAAGGUUUGGAGGUGCAGAAUCUAUUGCCCCAAGGGUGGGUUUGCCAAUACCACAGGGUUGGAGGAGAUCCACAAGGCUAGGAAAUGCUUUUUUUUGGAAUCAGGCAGCAAGUUCAUCUGCAGCAUCAUGUGGUAGUGGUAGUGGAAGUGGCAGUGCCACAAUGCCAAACACUCAUAUUCCUAGGCUAGACUCCCAAGGAGCAACUUCAACACCAAGUACCCAGAGAUCUGCCACUUGAAUCAGCUUUAUCUUAGG